CCGAGUCUAGUAAGUUGUAUUGUCUGAUGCUUCCGUGGAUUAGGUGUCUGCUCAAGGCGUGCAUUUGUCUUGCACAGGCCCGUUCCUCUGAGCCUGAACAAUACAACAUAUUUGUUCAUGGAGACGAACAGUCAGCAUGUUUAUGACAUCUCUCCGAAACUGGCGGGUGGUAUAUUCAAUUUCGAGUUUCCCACAGGCAGUGUCGCAAAAGGACACACGCUACGCCACAGGAUAUCUAGACUGAUUGAAGCACUGCGGUCAUCGAACUCCUUCGUCGGCAAGACAUGCGGCAGACAUUCUGAGUUAUUGGUAUAGUUGGACACGGCGCCGAAAGUCAGCCUCUAUAUUGGUGUUCAUCAAAGCGGUAAUUCAAAUUUCAGGUUCGAUAUUCCGUCAGGCAUAUAAAGCUGCCUUUGUUUCCCCCUGAACUCGGAUUAAAGCAGACGCAGCAUGGGUCCCUUUGCAUUGUCGAUAGUGCUUGCUGUCGUUCUACUGUCGCUAUGGAAGCUCGUAGAGUUGAUUGGCCGUCCGUACCGCUCUCCGCUUCGUGUUCUACCCGGUCCUCCGAAUCCAAGCUGGCUUCUUGGUUUCUUCUUCGCUGAAGAGGAAAGUGACCCCAGGAAGAUGCAGGAAGAAUGGGUCGAGACUUAUGGCAAGAAUGUAGUCACCUUGGGUUUGUUUAGAAAAAGCCGUUUGACUACUGUGGAUCCUCGAGCUCUGAACCACGUUCUCUUACAUUCCGCUGACUACUAUAAGCCGGAAAUGGCUCGUAAUGCUUUGGGGCAUCUUCUUUCAAAUGGAAUAUUGAUCACGGAAGGUGAUCAGCAUAAGCAGCAGCGGAGAAUUAUGAAUCCUGCAUUUGGCCCAGCUCAGAUUCGUGACCUCACAGAUAUCUUCAUAGAGAAAUCCCUCGAACUUCGUGAUGUAUGGACUGCGCAGAUUUCAGGAAACGGGGGAUCCAAGAGGCUUAAUGUGACGGAAGGAUUGAGCCGUAUGACCUUGGAUGUGAUUGGAUUAGCAGGGUUUGGUUACUAUUUCAAUGCAUUGAACGAGAACGGCGAACGCAACGAACUUAAUCUGGCAUUUCGAACCCUUUUCUCCGCUCAACCGACGUGGUUCCACAUAUUACAAAUCUUCUUCCCCAUUUUCCGAGUCAUUCCUACCAGCCGUACUCGCCAAGUCAAUCAUGCCCGCAGUAUCAUGCAUCGCAUUGGCAUGCGGCUGAUCAAGGAGAAGAAGGAUGCCCUUAUUUCCGCUAAUCCACCUGACAAAAGAGGUAUGACGACUAGUGAGAUGCAUGACAGGGACUUGUUGUCGCUCCUCAUAAGAGCCAAUCUGGCGUCCGAUAUUCCGGAGAGUCAGAGGCUGAGUGAUGAAGAUGUACUUGCUCAGGUUCCAACAUUUCUAGUAGCUGGUCACGAGACAACAAGCUCUGCUGUUACCUGGUGUCUGUUUGACCUUGCGAGAACGCCUCAGGUUCAAGCAAAACUGCGUGAAGAAGCCCUCAUCAUGCCUACCGAAACACCUACUAUGGAUGAACUCAACUCUCUUCCAUACCUUGAUUUCGUCAUCAAGGAGACGCUUAGACUUCAUGGUCCAGUCAUUGAAAGCGCCAGGACAGCUCAGAAGGACGAUGUGAUCCCGCUUUCGGAACCAUACACCGAUAGGAGUGGCGAGGUCAAGGAUUACAUCAAGAUUGCGAAGGGUGAAGACAUAAUGAUUCCCAUCAUCAUGAUCAACAGGUGGAAGCAUAUCUGGGGCGAGGAUGCCGAGGAAUUCAAACCUGAACGGUGGGUGAACCCUCCGGAAGCUAUUGAAGGUAGCCCAGGUAUUUGGAGUCAUAUGCUCACCUUUCUGGACGGACCUCGGGCAUGCAUUGGUUAUAGGUUCUCGCUUGUUGAGAUGAAGGCCCUUCUAUUCACUCUCCUACGGACGCUCGAGUUCAGUCUUGCUGUCCCUGUUGAGGACAUUGCAAUCCAGCAAGGCAUUAUUGCUCGACCUAUGCUAGCUGGCGAGCCGGAGAAGGGUGUGCAGAUGCCGUUAAUUAUCAAGCUUUACGCCCCCGAGUGAGCAUACCUAGGAAAUCUAGCAGUGAAAUUGUCAUUCUACGUCUUGAAUUUGGUGCUACUUUGAAGUGUUUUGCUACUGCUGGCCC